AAAAAAAAAAAAAAGGAAAAGGCGAAAAACUUAUCCUAUCCGUUAUUGUUGCUGGGGUUCAUCGGAAAGAGAGAGUUGGGAGAAAUGAGUAGUGUUUCUCUGAUUCCUGCGUCGUGGUUACCGUCUCUUGCUUCUCCUUUCAAGGUAAGUGAAGUGAGAAUGUUCAUCUCUAUCUCUCUACUUUCUUCUUACAUCCUUAUUCGUCAAUUUCAAUUGCAGGGAACGGUGAAAACCUUGGAGGCAAAACCAUGUCUGAAGAUUAAGCGUACCAGACCACUUACUUUGGUCGUUAGUAAGGUUGAUUCUGCUGUUGUGACAGCACCCAGUGUGGGUGUUCGAUUUCGGCUUGACAAUUUGGGGCCUCAACCGGGUUCUCGAAAGAGGGCAAAGAGAAAGGGUAGAGGAAUAGCUGCAGGGCAAGGAGCAAGUUGUGGUUUUGGGAUGAGGGGUCAGAAAUCUCGAUCUGGACCUGGCGUCAGAAAGGGUUUCGAAGGUGGCCAAAUGCCACUUUAUCGACGAAUCCCCAAACUCAAAGGAAUUGCAGGAGGCAUGCAUGCUGGAUUACCGAAAUAUGUCCAUGUCAAUCUGAGAGACAUAGAAGAUGCUAAAUUUCAGGAGGGGGAAGAGGUGUCUCUGGAGACACUGAAGGAGAAGGGUGUAAUUAAUCCAUCAGGAAGAGAUAGGAGACUUCCUUUGAAGAUUUUGGGUGAAGGAGAAUUGAGCAAGAAGUUGACAAUAAAAGCUCGUGCUUUUUCCACAUCAGCGAAGGAGAAACUUGAGGGUGCUGGCUGCUCCCUCACUGUGCUUCCUGGCCGCAAGAAAUGGGUUAAGCCAUCAGUUGCUAAAAACCUUGCCCGUGCUGAAGAAUACUUUGCCAAGAAACGAGCUGCAGCUGCUACUGAACCAGCCUCGGUUUGAAAUUGAACCACGGGAUUGUCAUAUUAAAAAAUCUUCAAGAAAGGUGCAAAGUGAUUUAUUUAGGAAGCGCCUCACAUAUUUGACGUUCUUCUGAUGUCUCUCUGUUACAACUAGUUAUUGUGUUACUUAAGGCAUUGAUUCAUUCUUCUUGCCAGUGCUGGUUCCAAACAAAAUUUGUUGUAUACCCCAUUACAUUUUGUUCGGCCAUCACCAAAAAGCGUAAAAAAAUGUAAAUUUUAGUUUGCCAAUUUUCAUACGAAACCUUGGAUUAUUAGCGUGUUUAGUUCUAUAAUAAUAAGGUUACCACGUGUCUUCAUCAAAUAGCUGUAAUUGGUUAAGAUAUUUUGUUAGUUUCUUGUUCAAGGUGGAUACUGAAAGUUCUUCGCUCUGUGAAUGUUUCCUUAUCCUGUGAUGUAACCUCCAUUCCAAACCUUGGACCCGUGCGUUGCGGAGAAACUACUUCGCUGACUAUAAGCAUAAAGACAAGUUGACAAUUGCAACGUGAGAGCUGUAAAUUCCUUCCAAAACUUCAUGACCACUUACUUCCUUUUAUCCUCACUUCCUCAGCCCCUCUCCUUUUUCUUAUUAUUCUGUUUUCUUAGAAUAAGAAUCUCUCAAGUUGAAGAAUAUGGUGCUUU